CUUUGCAGCGGCCAAUGCUAAUGCUCCAGCAGUGCAAGGUGGCCGUGGGGGUGCUCCUCGGCCAGGGGGUGCUCCGCGUGGUCCCGGGGGACGUGGUCAACGCGGUGGUCGGACUCGUGGCGGACGAGGCCGAGGUGGCCGCGGGAACUAUCAGCAGCAGCAACCAUACGGUGCACCUCAACCGUAUGGUGGUCAGUACGGACAACAACAGCCCACUCCUCCACAGCCACGUGGACCUGCAUUUUCUGUUUUCCCAGGUUUUCCGUCUGUGGAUCAGUCCUAUCAGUCUCCUCCACCCCCAGUUGUUUGCCAGUUAUGUUUUUCCCCAGGUCACUCCGCCAUGCAUUGCUCCCGUUUUACUGGUUCCGCGUCUCCUGCUCUAGCUGCUUUACCCACUGGUGAGACCAAUGAUUCAGUUUGGUACCCUGACUCUGGAG